CCCCUUCCGCCCUCCUUUCUGAGGCGUGGUGGUGUGCGCCGCGGAGCUCCGCUCGGCCUGCUCCGGUCCUGACUCACCGCUGUUCGCUCCCCGCCGAGGAACAAGUCGGUCAGGAAGCCCGCACGCAGCCAUGGCUUUCAAAGACACCGGGAAGACGCCCGUGGAGCCCGAGGUGGCGAUCCACCGCAUCCGGAUCACGCUCACCAGCCGCAACGUGAAGUCGCUGGAGAAGGUGUGUGCCGACCUGAUCAGAGGCGCCAAGGAGAAGAACCUGAAAGUGAAGGGGCCCGUGCGCAUGCCCACCAAGACCCUGAGGAUCACUACAAGAAAAACACCUUGUGGGGAAGGCUCCAAGACGUGGGAUCGUUUCCAAAUGAGAAUCCACAAGCGCCUCAUUGACUUGCACAGCCCCUCCGAGAUAGUUAAACAGAUUACAUCCAUCAGUAUUGAGCCGGGCGUGGAGGUUGAAGUAACCAUUGCAGAUGCCUAAGUCAACUGUUUUAAUAAAUUGACUUAAUCGGUUAAAA